AUGGAUAGCCCACGCCGACCCAUGUCUCGAGAUAAUGUUUUCGUUGAUUUAAAAUAUCUGACUUUUGGUUUUAGUUAUUUGCAAGAUAUACUCGAUAGAGCAUUAAUUAAAGUAGCAACAGGUGAAAAAGUUGUGACAGGUUUAUAUGCCCAGCAAGAACCUUACGUUUGUAAAGUUCAAGACACAUUUGAAAUUGAUAUUAAUAUUCUGGUACUGUUCGUGAUUUUAUCAUGGAUGCUGCCAUGUGCAAUGCUUGUUAAAAGCAUUGUAAGUGAGAAAGAAGAACGUUUAAAGGAAAUGAUGCGUAUCAUGGGUCUUAAUGAUGCCAUUCAUUGGAUAGCUUGGGGAAUUCAAAGCCUUGCUUUCAAUUUUAUUUCCGUGAUAUUAAUAUCAUCAUUGUUAAAAUUUGGGCGAAUUAUGCCUGAAGUGGAAUUUUCUUUACUUCUGGUUUUGUUCAUUUUAUUCUCAUUGGCUUGUACUGCGCAAUGUAUUUUAUUUUCUACGCUGUUUUCUCGAGCCAGUACAGCCACGGCAUCAUCUGCUAUUAUUUUUUUUCUGUUAUUUUUUCAUUAUCAAAUUGGCAGACGGUCAAAAUCUCAUAUUUUUGCUUUGCUUACGGUAGCUUUACUUUUUUGUGUUACUAAAAAAUUAGCGUUGCAUAUUGCACCAAAUUUUAUAUUUUAUAUAAUUUACAAUGUUGAAUCUUUUGUUAUAUUGCUGUUUCAGUUAUUAUUUCCCCAAACUGCCAUUGGUUACGGUUUAUCAAUUGUCCAUUACGCUGAAAAAGAAUUUAUGGCUACAUGGGUCAAUAUUUAUUAUAUUGAAGCUCCAGAUUUCGACAUUAGUUUACUAAUGAUUUUACUUGCAUUUAUAUUUGAUUUCGUGCUUUAUAUUGUAAUAGCUUGGUAUAUCAGUGCUGUUUUUCCAGGUAAUUUUUAUAAAAUAUUCUUACUUUUUAAUAGCAAGGAGCAUUCAAAGUUGGUUUGGAUUUUUUUUUCAUUUGCGAUUUUUUUUUGUUUAACUGGAAACGAAAUGAAAUGA